GCCCCCCUGCUGCUAUCAUCAUAUCAUCAUCGGACUGAGCUGGCGGGCUGGAUGAUCAUGAAGAGAUUAGCCCCGCUUCUAUUGCUGCUAGCGAGCAUCCAAUCAUCUGUACAGUCUUACAAGGAGCAGAGGCAGCUAUUACUUGCGUCUGUGUUGUUCCGUCAUGGGGAUCGGUCACCAGUCGAUGCGUACCCGACGGACACACGAUACCAGGAGAGCUAUUGGCCUCAGGGAUUUGGCCAGCUAUCUACUACUGGGAUGAGGCAGCAUCUGUACUUGGGAAGUCUAUUUAGAGAGCGCUAUGUGGGUGGAGGACUCAUCACUGAAAAUUACACUCGGGUCCAGGUGUAUGUACGAAGUACAGACUAUGACCGGACGCUCAUGUCAGUUGAAGCUCAGUUGGCAGGGCUGUUCCCACCUCAAGGAGACCAGAUUUUCAAUGAGUCUCUUUCAUGGCAGCCUAUUCCAGUUCACACUGUUCCACAGGGCCAGGACAACCUGUUGAGGGCGUACAUUGCGAAUUGUCCGAGAUAUCAAGGGCACCGGGAAGCAGCAAAGAACUCAUUGGAAUACAGAUCACUGGAAAAGGAAAAUGAGGAUUUUUUCAAGAGACUGGAGGAGAGCACGGGCAUUGUUCCUACAACUCUUGAUGACAUGUGGACCAUCCAAGACACUCUGCUAGUCCAGCACGACACUACAGUGGCAGCCAUGACUACAGCUCUGGAUGUCUACAACAAUAUCCUGCCUCCCUAUGCCGCUGCUCUUAUGAUUGAACUCUACAAUGACACUAAUGGUGACUAUUGGGUGUCACUGUACUAUCGAAAUGAUAGUGAUGGAUCGAAUCUGUGGCCACUCAACAUUAACUCCUGCCAGAACACCACUCUCUGCUCCCUACAAGAAUUCAUUGACCACACUGCUCCCGUGAUUCCAAGUGACUGGGAGAUGGAGUGUGGUCUGACUGGAGACAGUGGAGAAAACAGCACCAGUGAAACUGAAGUUGUUGUUGGAGCUCUACUUGCUGCGGCAGUAGUGGUGAUAGUCAUUCUCUCUGCCUGUCUACUGCUGAUUGCUCUACUAGUGAAAAGACGGAAGAGCAAUGCCAAGUCGACCACCGCUUUUGUUAAAAUGGUAGAAGACUCCUCUGAGGACGAGAAACUAUGA